GAACAGUCGGCACAUGCAGACCUUCACUCCGACUGUUCACAUGAGCCGCUCCCUGUCCACCCGGAAACUGCACGCAGCACAGCACUCCUUCUGGAGUUGAAGUUCUUGGACGGAUCGAGAGAAGUGGACGGUUUUCUUGGGUGUGUCCGUUUCUGCUUCGCUUCCCCCCUGAAGUUUGUCUGGCAAGCGCCUCACACCCAAGCAUGACGGCCACCGCAAACGGGUUCCACGCCCCAUGGGAACUCAAGCACGGGCCGGCGUCGCCUCUCCCCAGAGAGAUCGAGCUCGACAGGCUGAGGGAGAUUGUGCCCCUGGCUUUGGCGCCUGAGCCGGAGCACUCCCCGGCCCCGGCAGCUUCUCAGAACGGUCACCAUAAGGAGCCGGUAAACUAUGACACCAGGCGGAGGGUGCAAGCGGCGUCUCUCCCUGUGACGGAGCCAGUGGCGGAUGCGGAAGGGGCGUCGGAUAAGGAGGCGUACAUGGCUGGGGUGCUAGCAAAGUUUAGGAUGCACCUGGAGGAGCGAACACGGCACCACCUAGGGUACCCGUACAAUUUGGAGUUUGAUUAUGGGGCGCUCUCCCAGUUGCAGGGGUACUCCAUCAACAAUCUCGGGGACCCGUUUAUUGAGAGCAACUAUGGCGUGCACUCCCGCCAAUUUGAGGUUGGCGUCUUGGACUGGUUUGCCCGGCUUUGGGAAAUAGAAAAGGAUGAUUACUGGGGCUACAUUACCAACUGCGGCACGGAGGGCAACCUGCACGGCAUCCUACUUGGGCGGGAGGUGCUUCCUAAUGGCAUCUUGUACGCGUCCCACGAGUCGCACUACUCGGUCUUCAAGGCGGCGCGCAUGUAUCGCAUGGAGCGGGUGAAGGUGGCCACGCUGAUCACGGGCGAGAUCGACUGCGCGGACCUCAAGACGAAGCUAGAGGCAAACAAGGACAAGCCCGCCAUCAUCAACGUCAACAUUGGAACGACUGUCAAGGGUGCAGUGGACGACUUGGACCACGUCAUUGAGACCCUCAAAGAAGUCGGAUACACGGAAGACCGGUUUUACAUCCACGUUGAUGGGGCGCUGUUCGGCCUCAUGAUGCCCUUUGUCAAAAAGGCGCCCAAGGUGACGUUCCGCAAGCCGAUCGGCAGCGUGAGCGUGUCGGGGCACAAGUUCGUGGGGUGCCCGAUGCCGUGCGGGGUGCAGAUCACGCGGCUGCGCCACAUCGAGACGCUCGGGCGCGACGUCGAGUACCUCGCCUCGCGGGACGCCACCAUCAUGGGCAGCCGCAACGGGCACGCGCCGCUCUACCUCUGGUACACGCUCAACCGGAAGGGCUACCGGGGCUUCCAAAAGGACGUCCAAAAGUGCCUCCGGAACGCGCUGCUGCUGCAGAGCAGGUUGAAGGAGAACCGGUUCGGGGCCAUGCUCAACGAGCUGAGCAGCACGGUCGUGUUUGAGCGCCCCCCCGAGGAGGCCUUUGUGCGCAAGUGGCAGCUGGCGUGCCAGGGCCCCAUUGCGCACGCGGUGGUCAUGCCCAACGUGUCCGUGGACACGCUCGAGGAGUUCGUCGAGGAGCUCGUGGAGAGCCGGGCGCGCGCGUUCCCAGAUGGCAAUAUUGUCGUCCCGUGCAUUGCUGAGCAGAUUGGCGAAGGCAACUGCAUGUGCAUCAAGCACAGCCCGCUGGCAGAGUAGAAACACGACAGCCGCGUCUGACCAGACAGACAGCAUUCGCUAAAUAGGCCGAAGGCACUUCUAGUACCUAGUCAAAGGAACUUUACAACCUGGGACGGUUCUCAAAUACAUUCCGUUCGACUGGAGUGAUUGCUGCGUAUGUAUAUUCUAGUGAGCUUAGUUUCAUAGGUUCCUGUAGUCGAUUGAUUGUAGAAUGUAGUCCAUCUGGCCAACAGCCACUUCUGAGUGUAAAGAAGCAGUUGCCCAGGUGUGUACUUAGUAUAAGCUAGUUCUGAAUUUAGCUAGUAACUACCUGGUUGAAGAGGCUCAAUGAGUUUGUGGUCAACAAACGUCCGAGUUGUGCCAAUGUGCAGACUAUCUGGCAAGAUUGACGAGGCAAUUGCCUUUCAAGCUUGUCGUUGCGAUCUUCGUGUCUCAAAAACACAUUUGGAAGCACAUGCGUUGCGCCAUG